GCGCAGCCCCCCUCCCGGAGUUGGGUCCGCCGCGCCUUCCGGUGCGACUUCCGGUCCGCCUCCUGAGGCAGGAAGUGCCGGCGCCGCAGCUGUCGCGCCCGUCCCCUCGCUGGUCCUGCGCAGGCAGCCCGGCUUCUUGGUGCUGGUGUCCGGCCGCGAAUUAAGCCGCCACCAUGUCGAGCAAAAAGGCAAAGACCAAGACCAAGAAGCGCCCCCAGCGCGCGACCUCCAACGUGUUCGCCAUGUUUGACCAGUCCCAGAUUCAGGAGUUCAAGGAGGCCUUCAACAUGAUCGACCAGAACAGGGACGGGUUCAUCGACAAGGAAGACUUGCAUGACAUGCUUGCUUCUCUAGGGAAGAACCCAACUGACGCGUACCUGGAAGCCAUGAUGAACGAGGCUCCAGGGCCCAUCAACUUCACCAUGUUCCUCACCAUGUUUGGGGAGAAGCUGAAUGGCACAGACCCAGAAGAUGUCAUCAGAAAUGCUUUUGCUUGCUUUGAUGAAGAAGCGACUGGCACCAUUCAGGAGGAUUACCUGAGAGAACUGCUGACCACAAUGGGAGACCGGUUUACAGAUGAGGAAGUGGACGAGCUGUACAGAGAAGCACCUAUUGACAAAAAGGGGAAUUUCAAUUACAUCGAGUUCACUCGAAUCCUUAAGCAUGGAGCAAAAGACAAAGAUGACUGAAAGAACUUGAGCUAAAACUUUCCAAUUACUUUGUCUUACUCUAUAUUGUUUCCUAGACAUUACCCCCCCGCCCACCAUAGACCUGUUGCAUGCAACUUUGAUUCACAGCUUUGCCUCUUUUUUUGGGUGUAUUUAUUCUAGACCUUCCUGCCACUUAGCACUUGUAUAAUCAGACUGCAAAUGGGGAUAAAGUUGUAAAUUGUAUUGAAAAAAGAGAUUGCAAAUAAAAAUCAACAAAUGUGAAAGCCCAGGAAAAUAUAUCCGGUCCGGUAUUUCUGAUUUUGCUGGAUUUUUACAUUUUUCUAUAAUAAAAAUGCUAUUUUGAAAUAAA